AUCCUGCUUUGGUGUCCGGACCGGAUUGUGUGUGUGUGUGUGAGAGAAAGAGAGAUAUAGAGAGAGAAAGAGAGAUAUAUAGAGAGAGAAGAGGUGGUGGAGAAGAUGAUACAGGUCUGACCAGAGACUUUGCAAGCAGUAAAAAGGAGGAGGAGGAGGUGAAGAUUUAGGAAGAUCAGAAGAUUUCUUUAUAGCUGUUACGUACAUUUACAUUUUUGAAUCUGGAGAUUUUCUGCGAAUAAGAAACCGAAAUUUCCUUCGCAUUAUUACAGGAGUUUGGAUUAUAUUUGGAGAUAAAUGUCUUUCCGUAGCAUAGUUCGUGACGUUAGAGAUAGUAUCGGGAGUUUAUCCAGGAGAAGUUUUGAUGUGAGGAUUUCGUCUCAUCACAACAGGGGGAAAUCUCAUGGAUCUUUUCACCAUUUAAGUGAUCAGCCUUUGGUGAUUCAGAGUAGUCGUUGGGCUAAUCUUCCACCAGAGUUAUUGUUCGACAUAAUCAAGAGGUUGGAAGAGAGUGAGAGCAAUUGGCCGGCUAGAAAGAAUGUUGUCGCUUGUGGUGCUGUUUGUAGAUCGUGGAGGGGUAUGUGUAAAGAAAUCGUGAGAGGUCCAGAACUAUGUGGAAAGCUUACAUUUCCUGUUUCUCUUAAACAGCCAGGGCCUCGAGAUGGGACUAUUCAAUGCUUCAUCAAAAGGGACAAGUCCAAUUUGACUUACCAUCUUUUCCUUUGUCUUAGUACCACAUUACUUGUUGAAAAUGGGAAAUUUCUUCUCUCCGCUAAAAGAACGCGAAGAACUACUUAUACAGAGUAUAUCAUCUCCAUGGAUGCAGAUCAUAUAUCAAGAUCAAGCAAUACAUACAUUGGAAAAUUGAGGUCAAAUUUUCUCGGAACAAAAUUCAUCAUUUACGACACUCAACCUCCCUACACAAACACAAAUAUCCCCCCUCCAGGAAGAACAAGUCGAAGAUUCAACUCAAAGAAAGUCUCCCCCAAAGUUCCAACAGGGAGUUACAACAUAGCCCAAAUCGCCUACGAGCUAAACGUACUCGGUACUCGGGGCCCACGUAGAAUGCACUGCGCCAUGCAUUCCAUUCCCACAUCGGCUAUGGACGCCAACGGAUGGGUCCCCGGGCAGCCCGAGCUUGCCCCACGUUCGCUCGAGGACUCAUUCCGUAGCAUAUCUUUCACGAAAUCCCUAGACCACUCGACCGACUUCAGCAGCUCGAGAUUCUCGGAGAUUGGAUUAGGGCAGCUGCCCGAGGAUCCAGAAGGGAAAGUGGUUCGGCCAUUGGUUCUCAAGAACAAGGCUCCGAGAUGGCACGAACAGUUACAAUGUUGGUGUUUGAAUUUCAGGGGACGUGUGACGGUUGCGUCGGUUAAGAACUUUCAGUUGAUCGCUUCAUUGCCUCCGCCGCCCGUUUCGGUUCCUGGUAGCCAACCUAGUUCCGGGCAGGGAUCGGGGUCGUCGGGGCCUGAUCAGGAUAAGAUAAUACUUCAGUUUGGGAAAGUCGGGAAAGAUAUGUUUACGAUGGAUUAUCGGUAUCCUUUAUCUGCAUUUCAGGCUUUUGCAAUUUGUUUGAGUAGCUUUGAUACUAAGUUGGCUUGUGAAUAAUAAUAGGAAAAGAAAUAUUUUUAUUUGAACUUUUUAGAGAGUUGGGCAAGAUUUGAUUGAAUCAAUUGACUCUUUGUUCUUCCUUGAAAGUUUAAGUGAUUAGAAUUUAGGGGCUUUGUUUGUUUGUGUUUGUUGUUGUUUGAACAAAUCAUAUCAUGUUGUUGUAAUUCUACUAGUCUAUUUACUAUAACUCAAUUGUAAUUGUGAUGAUGUCUAAAUGAUAUGAUUUCUAAUUCUCUUUUUA